AUGUCUCCAGGCCGGAUAGUCGCUGACAACGACUACGACUUCAUCGUGUGCGGCGGAGGCACGGCAGGCUGUGUCGUCGCGGGCAGAGUCGCCGAAGAUGCCAACGCGCGGAUCCUCGUCGUCGAGGCAGGCCCUCACAACAAAGAUCUCGAGAACGUCCACAUGACGGGCGGCUGGUCCAAGAACUUUGACUCGGACCUCGACUGGAAUCUGGUCACCCCGCCCAUGGACGGCGUCAACGGCAGACAAGUCAAGCUGAGCCGGGGAAAAUUCCUGGGAGGGUCUAGUGGUGUCAAUGGAACCCUCUGCAUCAGAGGCAACAAGCAAGACUAUGACGACUGGAAUCUUCCAGGGUGGUCCGGAGAUGAUUUCUUCAAGUACAUGCGCAAGGCCGAGACGUUCCAUCCCAAACCGUGGUUUCAAACCGACGAGAAAGCCCACGGUUACGACGGCCCGCUCCACACCGAGCCGCACGAUCUCGCGCCCAUUUCGAACCUGUUACUGGAAAGCAUGGAAGACAUGGGCUUCCCGUUGGUCCACGACAUGUUCAGCAAUGGCGAGACUCCGCAUGGCUGUGGCCACGUGCCCCGGACUGUCCACAAGGGCAUCAGAACUACCGGAGCCGACUUUGUCACCAACGAUCAACACAAGACCAAUAUUGACCUCCUGCUUGACACGGUCGUCGACAAAAUCAACUUCGAGGAGAAGAAUGGUGAACUACAUGCCACAAGCGUGGUGCUCGUCGGCAAGGAUGGCACUGCCAGAGAAGUCAGGGCCACAAAGGAGAUCAUUGUCUCUGGAGGCGCAUAUUGUUCCCCGGCCAUCCUUCUCCGCUCAGGAAUUGGUCCCAAGGCUGAGUUGGUAAAGUUGGGCAUCCAAUGUCUAGUCGACUCCCCGGGAGUUGGGAAGAACUUGCUGGAUCAUCUUAUUGUGUUUGCUUUUUACGAAGUCACCAAGGAAGGACUGACCAACGACCAUCUUGUGUACGCGACGUUCUGCAUGACUGCGAUUUCACCAACUAAUCCUUUGGCCAGGUAUCACGGUGACGCUGCCAUGGCUGCAUAUAUGCUAUACAAGGAGAAAAAGGAGGGGAUCCUCUCCACAUUCCCCUUUGGCGCUUUCGCCUUUGCAAGGCUCGAUGAUCGCCUAAAAGAUGAACCACUCUGGAAGGAAGCAAAGAGGGAGCCUGGCCGUGACCCGAUGGGGUUGACUACCAAGCAGCCAAACAUUGAGUUUUUCACCACUGAGCUGUACGGUGGGCCCAAGCAAUAUGAUCAGUUCCCCAUCGACAAGAAGCAUGCCUUCGCCAUGAUCACGGAGCUAUUCUCACCCCGGUCAAGGGGGACGGUGACUCUGAAGUCCAAAGACCCUCUAGAAAACCCGGUGGUGGACUGCAACUAUCUCGCCGACCCGCUCGACAUGCUGGUUCUGUCCGAGGGCUGCAGGCUCGGCAAUGAGAUUGUCAUGAACCUGAACAAGGUUGCCAAACAAGAGAUUGUGAAAGGGUCGUGGCCGUCAGACCUGACACAUCAUGCUUACACGAAACGGGAAGAAUGGGAGCCUUAUAUUCGAAAAGAGGCCACCACAUGCUAUCACGCCGCAGGGACAUGCAAGAUGGGGCGGGAUGGCGACAAGAUGGCUGUUCUUGAUGAAAAACUUCAGGUCCGCGGAGUCAAAGGCCUCCGUGUGGCUGAUACCAGCGUGAUGCCUACUCUGCACGGUGGCCACACUCAGAUGCCUGCGUACGGAAUUGGCGAGAAGGCUGCGGAUCUGAUCAAAGAAAGAUGGUCAAAAGCCUACGAUGGAGGAAGGAUGCCCUGA